CAUCAGUAGUUCUCAGAUUCUCAUACAGAAUAGUCGAUUUAAGUUGUUUUUGUUUUUUUAAGUUAAUAAAAGUAAAUAUAAUGAUAUUCUCAGUGAUCUUGACUUUAACCCUUAUUGGAAUAAUUGCGGGUUUAAUUUAUCUAUUCCUUGUGUUUAAUUUUGAUCAUUGGAAGAAACGAGGGGUUAAAGGUCCCAAACCAAAAGCUCUUUAUGGCUCUUAUCCGAGUAUGAUAACUCAAAAACGUAAUGUCGUCUAUGAUAUGCAAGAACUUUAUAGGCAGUAUCAAAAUGAUGAGGAUUUUAUUGGUUGUUAUUCUAUACGAACACCGGAUUUGCUGGUUUUGAGUCCCGAACUUGUGCAUAAAAUAUUUGUAACGGACUUUAAAAAUUUUCAUGACAAUGAAUUAUCGACUUGGUUUGAUGAUAAAAGUGAUAAAAUUUUAAGUAACAAUCCAUUUAUUCUAACCGGUGAGGGUUGGAAAGAACGCCGACAAGAAAUAACACCUGGACUUACAGUUAAUAGAAUCAAGUCAGUUUAUCCUGUAACACAAGAAGUUUGCGGAAGACUUAUCAAAUACAUGAAAGAAAAAUGCAAAUACACCGACAAUAAUGGGAUUGAUACAAAAGAGCUUAGCCUUCGUUUCACAUCUGAAGUUGUUACCGAUUGUGUUUUAGGCAUUAAGGCCUUAAGUUUCACUGAAAACCCUACACCAAUACUCGAAAUGACAAAGAAGAUUUUCACUCAAUCGACUGUGUUCACAGUUUAUGCAUUUUUAGUUGGAUUCUUGCCGAUGAUUAAGCGUUUCUAUAAAACAAAAUUUUUUGAAAAAGAAAAUGAAGUCUUUUUCACCGGCCUUAUGGGAUCAGCUUUUGAUAUGAGACGCCAACAAAAGCUGGAUCGUAUCGAUUUUUUGAACUACAUUCUACAGUUACAAGACAAGAAGCAUCUUUCAAACGAUGAACUUGUUUCGCAUUCGAUGACAUUCUUAUUGGAUGGUUUUGAGACUUCUGCAGCUGCCAUAAGUGUGUGUUUAUAUCAGCUAUCUAAAUAUCCAGAAGAACAAAAAAGACUUCGCGAUGAAAUCAAUAAUAAUCUUAAUGAUAAAGGAGAACUGGAUUUUGAAAAACUCGAUACGUUACCAUUUUUGGAUCAGUGUUUCUAUGAGAGCUUGCGAAUUAUUCCAGCCCAACUUAUUGCCAAAAAACUCUGCACAGAACCAAUUGUUCUCACUAACAAAAAUGGAACUAAGGUACAGCUUAAAAGGAAUGAUUUAAUUCAGAUUCCUUUGUACUGCUUCCACCAUGACGAGAAAUAUUUUCCAAAUCCCAAUGAAUUUAUUCCUGAUCGCUUUAGUCCAGAAAAUGGCGGUACCAAAAAAUAUCGUGAUAUGGGUGUGUUUUUGCCAUUUGGUGAUGGUCCUAGAAUUUGCUUGGGAAUGAAAUUUGCUUUGACACAAACUAAAGCUGCUAUCGCUGAAAUCGUCAAGAAUUUCAAUAUCAAAUUGAAUCCACGUACAAGAAAGGAUAAUGUUUUGCACCCGACUUUUUUUAUGGGAGCUGUCGAUGGUGGAAUUUGGCUUGAUUUUGAAGAGAUAUAGUUUGAUUAUUUUGUGUUUGAGAAUAAAUUUAUGCUUGACAAUU